GGUUCUGAGGAGAAUGCAAUGGUGGCCAUGGACCUGGGCUCUCCUCUGCUCCCCAAGAAGAGCCUACCUGUCCCUGGGCCCCUGGAGCAGGUGGCCAAUCGGCUGAGCAGCAAAGUGGCUGCAGAGGUUCCCCAUGGCAGCAAGCAGGAGCUGCCAGACCUCAAGGCCCAGAGCCUGACCACCUGUGAGGUGUGUGGCGCCUGCUUCGAGACACGUAAGGGCCUAUCAAGCCACGCGCGCUCCCAUCUGCGGCAGCUGGGCGUGGCUGAGUCGGAGAGCAGUGGUGCCCCCAUUGACCUCCUCUACGAGCUCGUCAAGCAGAAGGGCCUGCCCGACGCACCUCUUGGGCUGCCCCCAGGCCUGGCCAAGAAGUCCAGCUCGCCGAAGGAGGUGGUCACCGGGGCUCCGCGGCCUGGCCUACUCACCUUGGCCAAGCCCCUGGAUGCUCCCGCUGUCAACAAAGCCAUCAAGUCACCACCUGGCUUCUUGGCCAAGGGCCUGUCCCACCCCCCUAGCUCCCCACUCCUCAAGAAGACACCGCUGGCCCUGGGGGGCUCCCCAGCCCCGAAGAACCCUGAGGACAAGAGCCCCCAGCUGUCCCUGAGCCCCCGGCCGGCCUCCCCAAAGGCACAGUGGCCCCAGUCGGAGGAUGAGGGGCCCCUAAACCUCACUUUAGAUAGUGACGGGGGCCGAGAGCUGGACUGCCAGCUGUGCGGUGCCUGGUUUGAGACCCGCAAGGGCCUGUCCAGCCACGCCCGCGCCCACCUGCGCCACCUGGGCGUCAGCGACCCGGACGCCAAGGGAUCCCCCAUAGACGUGCUCCACGGGCUCAUCAGGAGGGACGGCGUCCACCUCCGCCUCCCAUCGGGGCGCGGCGCCCUGGCCCACCCUGGGCGGCCUCCUCCCACCUCCGCAGCCCUCUCCUUGCUCCCCCACCCACCGCCGGCCAAGAGGGCCAAGCUGAAGGCCAUGGGUGCGGCUGGCCCCUGGGGGAAGCAGGACCUCUCGGCCGCCGCCACUGCCGGCAUUUUCUGGGCCUCUGAUGCGGAGCCGGCUCCUCUCAACCUCUCCUCGGGCCCCGAGCCUACACGAGACAUCCGCUGUGAGUUCUGUGGCGAGUUCUUCGAAAACCGCAAGGGCCUGUCGAGCCACGCACGCUCCCACCUGCGACAGAUGGGCGUGACCGAGUGGUACGUCAACGGCUCGCCCAUCGACACGCUUCGGGAGAUCCUCAAGAGACAGCAGGCCCACCCUCGACCUGGCGGAGCCCCAAACCCACCGGGACCCAGUCCCAAGGCCCUGGCCAAGAUGGUGGGCGGUCCGGGGAGCUCGAUGGAAUCCCGCGGCCCUGCCGAUCUGCACCUCUCACCCCUGGCCAAGAAGUUGCCGCCGCCACCAGGCAGUCCCCUGGGGCACUCACCAGCCACCUCUCCACCCCCUACGGCCCGGAAGAUGUUCUCAGGCCUGGCUGCCCCCACCCUGGGGCCCAAGAAGCUGAAGCCCGAACAGAUGCGGGUGGAGAUCAAGCGGGAGAUGCUGCCAGGGGCUCUUCACGGGGAGUCGCACCCAUCUGAGGGGCCCUGGGCGGCGUCUCGGGAAGACAUGACCCCCUUGAACCUGUCAUCCCGGGCCGAGCCGACACGUGACAUCCGCUGCGAAUUCUGUGGCGAGUUCUUUGAGAACCGCAAGGGUCUGUCGAGCCAUGCACGCUCCCACUUGCGGCAGAUGGGCGUGACCGAGUGGUCUGUCAAUGGCUCACCCAUCGACACGCUGCGGGAGAUCCUCAAGAAGAAGUCCAAGCUGUGCCUCAUCAAGAAGGAGCCCCCUGCUGGGGACCUGGCCCCAGCCCUGGGCGAGGAGGGGCCCCCUACUGCUGCCCCAGGGUCCCUACAAGCCCCACUGCCACUGGCACCCCUGGUGGGCCGGCCUGGCAAGCCAGGAAUGGGGCCCGCCCAGGUCCCUCGAGAGCUCAGCCUGACGCCCAUCACAGGGGCCAAGUCUUCAGCCACUGGCUACCUGGGCGCUGUGGCAGCCAAGCGGCUUCUGCAGGAGGACCGCCUUCUGCCUGCAGAGGUCAAGGCCAAGACCUACAUCCAGACUGAACUGCCCUUCAAGGCCAAGACCCUCCAUGAGAAGACCUCCCACUCCUCCACCGAGGCCUGCUGCGAGCUGUGUGGCCUUUAUUUUGAAAACCGCAAGGCUCUGGCCAGCCAUGCGCGGGCACAUCUGCGACAGUUCGGCGUGACCGAGUGGUGCGUCAAUGGCUCGCCCAUCGAAACACUGAGCGAGUGGAUCAAACACCGACCCCAGAAAGUGGGCGCUUACCGUAGCUACAUCCAGGGUGGCCGCCCCUUCACCAAGAAGUUCCGUAGUGCAGGCCAUGGCCGUGACGGCGACAAGCGACUGGCGCUCGGGCUGGCGCCUGGUGGCCUCGCCAUGGUUGGCCGCAGUGCCGGGGGUGAGCCAGGUCCUGAGGCUGGCCGGGCGGCCGAUGGCGGGGAGCGGCCUCUGGCAGCCAGCCCACUAGGCAUGGUGAAGGCGGAAGAACACCAGCGGCAGAACAUCAACAAAUUCGAGCGCCGACAAGCCCGACCCCUGGACGCUGCCUCAGCCCGGGGCAGUGAGGAGGUCAAUGACCUGCAGCAGAAAUUGGAGGAGGCACGGCAGCCCCCACCCCGGGUCCGGCCAGUACCCUCCCUGGUGCCCCGGCCGCCCCAGACCUCACUCGUCAAGUUUGUAGGCAACAUCUAUACCCUCAAGUGCAGGUUCUGUGAGGUGGAAUUCCAGGGCCCCCUCUCCAUCCAGGAGGAAUGGGUGCGGCACUUACAGCGGCACAUCCUGGACAUGAAUUUCUCCAAAGUGGACCCCCCGCCUGAGGAGCCCCAAGCCCCUCAGGCACAGACAGCAGCGGCAGAGGCGCCCUAACACAGAAGCAUUCCAGACUCCCUCUCGUGCCACCUCUGUCUCCUUUCCUCCUCUGUGUCCUCCUCCUCUUUCCUCUCUUCCGUUUCCAAAGGAGCAAGCCAAAACCUCAAACCGGUGCCCCCAGGGGCCGGGCACACUACAGCUGGGGUGCCGGGAGCCAGCUAGCUGCCCUAACCCCAGCCUGAGGACUCUAGGGCCACAGGGUGUCUUCAUGCAGCCCACAUAAGCAAGAGGCAGCAGCCAGGUCUCGGUGCCAGCCGACCCGGUCACGGGACACAGUGUUCUCCUGUGCUCAGCAGGCAGGCAAACCCAUGUCUGCUACCCGUGGCCAUUUGCAAAGACCCUGAAGAGCCCUAUUCUG